AUGAAUAAGGAGUCUUUCUCUAAUGAUGCAAUUGCAAAGCUGAUCAACGACAGCUUUAUACCAAUCAAAGUGGACAGGGAAGAGCGGCCCGAUGUUGAUUCAGUGUACAUGAUGUACUUACAAGCCACAACGGGGCAAGGAGGUUGGCCACUAAAUGUGUUCUUGGUCCCUGGGACCCUGGAUCCCAUAUAUGGCGGUACCUAUUGGGCAGGUCCGGAAGCCGAUAUGGGUGAGAGAGCUGCAAAAUUUGAAGACGUAUUAAAGCGAGUCGCAGAUAUUUGGAAAGCGGAACAACAAAAAUGCAUUAGCUCUGCCAAAGCUACUGGAGAGCAACUUGCAAAACUGGUAAAAAUGCAAAGUUCCAGUGAGCACAACGAUUCUUUUAAUGUCGAGGCAAUAGUUGACGACGUUAGAGAGCAUUUCUCUAACAAUUUUGACUCCCAGUUUGGAGGAUUUUCUCAUGCCCCAAAGUUCCCCUGUCCUCAUAAUAUGUCGUUAUUACUCAAAUACAAUAACUACUUUGAUAAGGGUCUAGACAAGCAGGAACUAUUGCAAGCAGACAAGUCAAUGACGGGUAAGGUGUUGUAUACAUUGGAGUCGAUUGGCAAAGGCGGUAUUAAGGAUCAAAUUGGACACGGAUUUUCGCGAUAUUCCGUGACAGAUAACUGGAAUUUACCUCACUUUGAAAAGAUGCUUUAUGAUCAAGCGUUGCUACUGAAUGCGUAUUUGGAUGCAUAUGUUUACAGUGGUUCGCUUGCUGAGUUUGCUUCUUAUUAUGCAAAUGAUAUAGUAGAAUUUCUUAUGAAAGGUAGCUUGACGGACAAGCAUGGAGAUGGAUUUUACUCUGCUCAAGAUGCCGAUUCCAUGAAUAAGGAGGGUGAACACAGUGAAGGUGCCUACUAUGUGUGGACUUAUAAAGAAUUUUUUGGAGCGUUGGAGCACCUCGGUCGUGUUGAAGCUGAUAUAUGUGCUAUGUAUUGGAAUGUACAGGAGUAUGGAAAUGUGGAUCCCCAAUAUGACAUUCAAAAAGAGCUGCAAUUUCAGAAUGUUUUAUCGGAACAAGUUAAAUUAGAAGAUGUAGCUCGAGCUUUUGGAAAGCCUGUUCAAGAAGUUGACAAGAUUAUUCAGCGUGCAAGGUUUGAAUUGGAAAAAUACCGCAACACAACUAGGCAGAAGCCCGAUGUAGACACCAAGAUCAUUGUUAGCUGGAAUGGUCUUGCAAUAGGGGCUCUUGCUAGGGCAUCCGUAAUUUUAGGCAACAAACAAGCUCUGUCUCGUGCCCUUAAGGCAGCUGAUUACAUAUAUGAGCAUGGCUAUGACAAAUCUACAGGCAGACUAAGAAGGUCUAUUGGUUCGGAAGUGCAUGGUAUGAAUGACGACUAUGCGUACUUGAUUUCUGGACUAAUCGAGCUUUAUGAAGCUACUUUUGAUAUCCAAUAUAUCAAGUGGGCAGAUCAUCUUCAACAGAAACAACUACAACUGUUUUGGGAUAAAGAGAAUGGUGGGUUUUUCAGUGUUGAAGCAACGCGCUUGAUCGAAGAGCAACUCAUCUUCAGACCGAAAUCAGGUUUCGAUUCUGCGGAGCCCUCGCCGAAUGGAGUAUCAGCGUCGAAUUUGCAGAGACUUUCUAGUAUCCUGGGAAAUGUUGAAUACGAGUCAAAAGCCUUUGAAGUUAUCAAGUGUUAUGGCCAGGAUCUUUCUGCUCAGCCAUUUGGAUACACAUCGAUGGUUGGUCCAGUUAUAACGGCUCUGGAAUCUGGGAUGCGAUCAAUAGUCAUUGUGGGCGAGGAUAAUAAUCUUAACGGACAUUCAUCACAAGUGGAGGCUAUUUUAUAUAAACUUCACGUAGAACAUCCUCACCCUCUUACAACCAUAGUGCGGUUGGACGAACACUCUAUCGAUUAUUUCAACAAACUUGAGGAUACUAUCUACAAGGAGGUGUAUGAGCAGUUCGGUGGUGGUUCUUUGAAAGUUCUGCUCUGCCAGGAUAGGGCGUGCAGGGAGUUCAGUUUCUGA